CUCGUGUAAACUCGGGUUCGCUCGUGUUUUUUCGGGCUCUGCUCGUGUUUAGAGAUGUGUGCUAAGUUUGUUAUAGUUAAAACAAGGUAAAGAUGAAAGUAAGCGCUGAUCUGGAUCAGACCCCCAGGUCUCUGCUGGUCUGUGAGAGAUCCAGCUUCCGGGAUGAGAAGACCCGGAUCAACGCUCAGAUAGAGCGACUACACUUCAACUACAAGGUGCAGCAGAAAGGCCGCCUCUCUCUCUCUCUGGACAAAGACUCGUUUGAGACUUUGGGGUUUGAGGGGAAACCGUCCAGAUUCAACCACAGAGCCAAAAACAGAUUCAGUAAGAGCAGCAGCACACCAGGGGGUGGAGCCUCUCUUCAGGCCUUGUUAUCUCGUUCUGAUUGGUCAGAGCUCUCUCCUGAGAUCAGCUGUCACGUUCUGGCCGACCUGUCCUGCCCCGCCAUGCUGACCUCUGACCUGCAGUCAUGUGACCCUCACAGCUUCCUGGAGUGGCUGGGCGCGGUGCACGCUGACAUCAGCUGUGAGAACUCGUCCAGCAGCUUCCUGUCAGCGCUCGUCUGUCCGGAGCCAAAGACGACGCUAAGCCGCGCUCUGAGCGUGUCCGUGAGCGGCCUGCUGCUGCCUCAGGAUGUGCACCACCUAAUCCAGGAGAUCAGGUCUUACCUGGAGCAGCCUCACCUGGAGUCCUGGGCUUGUGUGACGGUUCACGGAUUUGUGGACGCCCCGGUUUCAUGGGGGCAUAACGAACAUGGCGUCCUGAGGGGAGGAGAAAACUUCUACAGCCUGCUCAUGUUCCAGGACCAGAGCUACCAGCUUCACCUGGCUACAGGAGCUCAGGACGCCUGUCCGCCAUGACCGCCAUGACCACCAUGACCACAGCUGUCCACCAUGACUGGACCUGUCCGCCAUGACCACAGCUGUCCGCCAUGACCGCCAUGACCACCAUGACCACAGCUGUCCACCAUGACCACCAUGACCACAGCUGUCCACCAUGACCACCAUGACCACAGCUGUCCACCAUGACCACCAUGACCACAGCUGUCCACCAUGACCACCAUGACCACAGCUGUCCACCAUGACCACCAUGACCACAGCUGUCCACCAUGACCACAGCUGUCCACCAUGACCACCAUGACCACAGCUGUCCACCAUGACCACAGCUGUCCACCAUGACCACCAUGACCACAGCUGUCCACCAUGACCACAGCUGUCCACCAUGACCACCAUGACCACAGCUGUCCACCAUGACCACAGCUGUCCACCAUGACCACCAUGACCACAGCUGUCCACCAUGACCACAGCUGUCCACCAUGACCACCAUGACCACAGCUGUCCACCAUGACCACCAUGACCACAGCUGUCCACCAUGACCACAGCUGUCCACCAUGACCACCAUGACCACAGCUGUCCACCAUGACCACAGCUGCCUGUACUUGCUACUCCUGGGUAGACUUUUCCCGGUUCAGGUAGUGAACCGGGAAGAGUCUACCAGGUUCCUCAACCUCAGAAGUAAACUUUAGAAGAGUCUCUUGAGUCACAAAGAAGACUUGAAGAAGGGAAAAUCUAAAAAGAAAAUAUUGAUUUUGCAGCUGCAUGGUUCAGUAAAAUAAACAUUUUAUUAAUGUCUUUGAGAACUAAAUGUUCACAUAAUAAUCCUCCUUUCAUGGAUGAUACAACUCAAAACUUAGUUUAAAUCCUCAGGUAAAUAGUUUUAGAGUUUUUGGAGUUUAGCUAAGGCAGGUCUCUGUGGAUUAAAGUCCUCUCAUUUUUGAAACCACUUCAGAUUUAAAAUGUUAAACAGCUUCAUAAAUGUUUCUGAGGUCAGUGUGGAUCAGAGAUUCUCGUGGUUUUUCAGAGGAUUAUUGUUUAUAAUUAUGGUCAGAGCCUUUCACUGGGCCCUGUAUGGGGCCCCAGGCCUCAGGUUGGGACACUAACUACUGUGAGUGGGAUGAAGAUGUGAUCAGCAGACGUUUACGGUCACAUUUACUGCCUUUAUGUUGGAGCGGUUUUUGUACCAUGUCCUGAUUUUGGUGCUAAAUAAAAACGUUUAUUUUUGAAAA